AUGUUCACAACCAACCAUGUUCGUUUUCAGCUGUCCGCUGAAAUGAACCUCCUUAAACCCUACCAGAAAACUCUUCAGUUCUCCACCCUCACCUCCUUUGCGCCACCACCGACGGCGCCUGAUGUUCAUCUUGUCGGAAAAGCCAUCACCAUCCUCAAACGCCACCAUUUAAUCAACCUAGAUCCCCUGUCGACCCAAUUUACCCCUCAAUCAGCUUCUUAUUUACUCCUCCAAGCUCAAUCUGACAAAACCCUAAUCCUAUCAUUCAUCAAUUGGGCUCGCCGGCGUCCCUUCUUUGAUCUUCAAUGUAGCUGCCUCUCUCUUCACAUACUCACCAGAUUCAAGCUCUAUAAAACAGCUCAAAUCAUCGCCGAAGACGUAGCCAUUAACACCCGUGCUGAUGAAAACGGAGAUUUAGUUUUCACACGCCUUAAAGAUACAUACUCCGACUGUAAUUCAAGCUCUGCCGUCAUCGAUUUGUUGGUAAAAUCUUAUUCUAAUUUGAAGUUGGUCAAAAGAGGUUUAAACACAAUCCAUUUAGCCAUAUCUCAUGGUUAUAUGCCAGGUGUAUUGUCGUAUAACGCUGUUCUUGAUGCGAUUAUUAGGUCUAGCGAGCCCAUUAAAGUAGCCGAGGAAAUGUAUUUACAUAUGAUAAGAACUGGAGUUUCACCAAAUGUGUUCACUUAUAAUAUACUGAUUCGUGGCUUUUGUGGGGUUAGGGAUUUGGAAAAGGGUCUAGGGUUCUUUGCUGAAAUGCAGAAAAAUGGCUGCUUGCCUAAUGUUGUCACUUACAACACACUAAUCGAUGCUUAUUGUAAAUCAAGGAGACUUGAUGAUGCAUUCAAGCUGUUCAAGACAAUGCCUAAUAAAGAUUUAGAGCCGAAUUUGAUUUCUUAUAAUGUCAUACUUAACGGAUUAGCUCGAGAAGGGAGGAUGAAUGAAACAGAUGAAGUUCUUGAAGAGAUGAAACACAAAAGAAUCAUCCCUGAUGAAGUCACUUAUAAUACUCUUGUGAAUGGGUAUUGUAAAGAAGGUAACUUCCACCAAGCACUUGUUUUGCAUGAUGAAAUGACACGAAAUGGAUUAUCUCCUAAUGUAAUUACUUACACUUCGUUGAUUAAUAGCAUGUGUAAAGCUAGAAAUCUACACAGGGCUAUGGAAUUAUUAGAACAGAUGCGAGUAAGAAAACUCUUUCCAAAUGCUAGAACAUAUACAACAUUGAUUGAUGGCUUCUCCCAACAAGGGUUCAUGGAUGAAGCUUAUAAGCUAUUAGAUGAAAUGAAAAAGAAGGGUUUUUCUCCAUCGAUUGUGACUUACAACACUUUGAUCAAUGGUCACACUGUAAAUGGGAAGAUGGAAGAUGCUUUAGGAGUUGUUGAUGAUAUGAGUAAAACCGGAUUAACCCCAGAUGUUGUAAGUUAUAGCACAAUUAUAACUGGUUUUUGUAGAAAUCAAGAGCUAGAUAGAGCUUAUGAAACAAUAAGCCAAAUGGUCGCGAAAGGUGUUUUACCCGACACUAUCACAUAUUCGUCGCUAAUUAAAGGUCUUUGUGAUCAAAGAAAACUAACAGAAGCUUGUGAUGUUUUUCAACAAAUGUUAAGAAACGGUUUGCCACCUGAUGAAUGUACAUACACAGCUUUGAUAAAUGCUUAUUGUGUAGAAGGAGAUACUGUAAACGCCCUCCAUUUGCAUGAUGAAAUGCUUAAAAAAGGUUUGCUCCCUGAUGUUGUCACUUACAGUGUGUUGAUUAAUGGUCUUUCCAAGAAAGCAAGAACCCUUGAAGCAAAACAGAUUCUUUUCAAGUUGUAUUAUGACAAUGGUGUUCCAGAUGAUGUAACUUACGAGACAUUGAUAGAGAACUGUGGUAACAUGGAGGCGAAGAGUGUGGUGGCUCUAAUAAAAGGGUUCUGUAUGAAGGGGUUAAUGAAUGAAGCAGAUAAGGUGUUUGAUAAAAUGCUUCAGAGAAAGGAAGAGCCUGGUGAGGCUGUUUAUAAUGUUAUGAUACAUGGGCAUUGUAAAGGUGGGAACUUGAGGAAAUCUUUUGAUCUUUAUAAGAAAAUGGUGAGUCAUGGAUUUGUUCCUCAUACUGCUACGAUUAUUGCUUUGAUUAAAGAACUUAUAAGAGGCGAAAUGAUGGUGGAAUCGAGUGAAGUUAUAGAAAAUGUGUUGAGAAGUUGUAGGAUUAGUGAUGGUGAAGUUGCAAAAGCUCUUGUUGAGAUAAACCAUAAACAAGGAAAUAUGGAUGCUGUGUUUAAGAUUCUUUCUGAAAUGGCUAAAGAUGGACUUCUUCCAAAUAGUGGCAAAACUGCCUAUGCUCAAUGA